AUGCUGACCCCGCAUAGUGAUGAAAGAGAAGGCUUGCGGCGCGCCAUGUACAAAGAUCACGAUCGUCGCGAAGGUCAUUCCAACAGAAUACAGCAGGCACGGGAGCUCGAGGGCGAAGGAAAGUCUCCCUUCAUUCUCAAUAUCCCAGUGCUUCAGUCCAGACGUUCUUCCGCGGAGGCAAACUUCCCAGACGAGCAACAGCUUGGAGGCCUCGACAAGGAGCCUGAGCAAAGUGUACUCAACGUGAGACCCACCAAUUCCAUCACGAAGGCUAAAGCCGGAAGGAGAGCGCCGAGACCCAUGAAGAAGUCACGCCAGGGGUUUCCGUAUCCCAGCUUUCCCGCUGGGGUCACUAAAAAUAUUGCAUCUACUUUCGCUCGAUCACUGGGCAGCAAAUCGACUAUAAUAGACAAGGAAACACUUGAGGCCAUCACUGAGGCUAUUGACCAAUACUUCGAACAGCUCAGUAUCGAUCUUGGUGUCUUCGCUAACCAUGCGGGAAGACGGAAAAUUGGCGAAAACGAUGUCAUUGCUGUCAUGUUGCGACAGCGGCAAGUGUCUGCCACAACGACGCCCUUCUCGUUGGCCAAGAAGUAUCUAUCGGGAGAGCUGCUCCAGGGAAUACGAAUGCCGAUCGCCAAAGUAGGCCGACUGAAGAGGCGACACCCGCUUACAGUCAUUGAUAGAGAUGGAGUGGAAGGUGUAGAGUGA